AUGCCAUUUAUUAGGGCACAUGAACGAUUCUGUAAGGAAGCAAAAACUCAACAGCAAGGAGAAGCAUAUGUUGUAGUACAACAAGAAGAAGAUCAACUCUUUGUGGCUACUUGUUUCUCAUUAAUCACUCAAUGUGAUGGUUGGUUGGUUGAUAGUGGGUAUACAAAUCACAUGACAAGUGACAAAGAGUUGUUCAAGGACCUUGAUAAGUCAUUCAAGUCAAGGGUGAAGAUAGGAAACAGUGAGUAUCUAGAAGUAAAGGGGAAGGACACGGUGUCAAUAGAAAGUUGUGUUGAAACUAAGUUGAUUACUGAAGUGUUGUUUGUCCCUGAAAUUGAUCAAAACUUGUUAAGUGUUGGUCAAUUAGUAGAGAAGGGAUUCAAAGUGUUGUUUGAAAAAGGAAAGUGCCUUAUUUCUGAUUCCAAUGGGAAUAAGUUGUUCAAAAUAAAGAUGCAACACACACGCUUCUUGUUGGAUCCACUCGAGAAGGAGCAGAUAGCUUUCAAGUGUCAAGUGAAUGACACUGAGUUAUGA